AUGGGCUUCAGAAUCUCGUCGUAUACGCUCAUCAAGGCUGUGUCGCUAGCCCACAUUACCGCGGCAUACCUCUUGCUCUACAGGCCUCAUGUCCUGGCCGAGCAGAACAUUGUUGUCAUCUUGGGCGAGUCGAUGCAAGUGCCUGCAACAUCAGCUUUCAGCAAGCCUACAGAAAUCACCGCCCUCGCAUCCAUCUUCCUAGCCUUCCUCGGUGUCAGCGACUUGAUCGCAGCCAGCCUCCCCGAACGCUCAUGCCUCGAAUACUGGUCCAACGUCCUGCCUUUCCGUCUCAUCAUGCUGUUCGUCGGCACCGGCUACAUCUACCUCACCAGAAGUGACGACACUACCACUUCUACAAUCCGAGCCCUCAAGGGCACCUCAAACCCCCUCGACCUUGUCAAGAACUCGUUCAUUUUCACCUUCAUGUUCAUGGAGACACUCCACUGGUUCUGGGUAUUUGUCGCCAUGAAGGAAGACAGACGCGAGUGGAUGGUCCGCGAGGCAACAGCACAGCUCCGCGAGGAAGAGGAGAGAAAGUUCAGAAUGUAA